AUGGCCCCCGCUGUCGGUAUCGAUUUGGGAACCACCUACUCCUGUGUGGGUGUCUUCCGUGAUGACCGCAUUGAAAUCAUCGCCAACGACCAGGGUAACCGCACUACCCCCUCUUUCGUGGCUUUCACCGACACCGAGCGUCUCAUCGGUGAUGCCGCCAAGAACCAGGUCGCCAUGAACCCCCACAACACCGUCUUCGAUGCUAAGCGUCUGAUCGGUCGUCGUUUUGGCGACGCUGAGGUCCAGUCCGACAUGAAGCACUGGCCCUUCAAGGUUGUCGAGAAGGGUGGCAAGCCCAUCGUCGAGGUUGAGUUCAAGGGCGAGUCCAAGCAGUUCACUCCCGAGGAGGUCUCCUCCAUGAUCCUCACCAAGAUGCGUGAGACCGCUGAGGCUUACCUCGGUGGCACCGUCAACAACGCUGUCAUCACUGUCCCCGCCUACUUCAACGACUCUCAGCGUCAGGCCACCAAGGAUGCUGGUCUCAUUGCCGGCCUGAACGUUCUCCGUAUCAUCAACGAGCCCACCGCUGCUGCCAUUGCCUACGGUCUGGACAAGAAGGCCGAGGGUGAGCGCAACGUCCUCAUCUUCGAUCUUGGUGGUGGUACCUUCGAUGUUUCCCUCCUGACCAUUGAGGAGGGUAUCUUCGAGGUCAAGGCCACCGCUGGUGACACUCACUUGGGUGGUGAGGACUUUGACAACCGCCUCGUCAACCACUUCGUCAACGAGUUCAAGCGCAAGCACAAGAAGGACCUCACCUCCAACGCUCGUGCUCUCCGUCGUCUCCGCACCGCUUGCGAGCGUGCCAAGCGUACCCUCUCUUCCGCUGCCCAGACCUCCAUUGAGAUCGACUCUCUCUUCGAGGGUAUCGACUUCUACACCUCCAUCACUCGUGCUCGUUUCGAGGAGCUCUGCCAGGACCUCUUCCGUUCCACCAUGGAGCCCGUUGAGCGUGUCCUUCGUGACGCCAAGAUCGACAAGUCCUCCGUCCACGAGAUCGUCCUGGUCGGUGGUUCCACCCGUAUCCCCAAGAUCCAGCGUCUCGUCAGCGACUUCUUCAACAAGGACGCCAACAAGUCCAUCAACCCCGAUGAGGCCGUUGCCUACGGUGCUGCCGUCCAGGCUGCUAUCCUGUCCGGUGACACUUCCUCCAAGUCCACCAACGAGAUCCUCCUGCUCGACGUUGCCCCUCUCUCCCUGGGUAUCGAGACCGCUGGUGGUGUCAUGACUGCUCUCAUCAAGCGUAACACCACCAUCCCCACCAAGAAGUCCGAGACCUUCUCCACCUACUCCGACAACCAGCCCGGUGUCCUGAUCCAGGUCUACGAGGGUGAGCGUGCCCGUACCAAGGACAACAACCUGCUCGGAAAGUUCGAGCUCACUGGCAUUCCCCCCGCCCCCCGUGGUGUUCCCCAGAUUGAGGUCACCUUCGACCUUGAUGCCAACGGUAUCAUGAACGUCUCUGCCAUCGAGAAGGGCACUGGAAAGACCAACAAGAUCACCAUCACCAACGACAAGGGCCGUCUCUCCAAGGAGGAGAUCGAGCGCAUGCUUGCUGAGGCCGAGAAGUUCAAGGCUGAGGACGAGGCUGAGGCUUCCCGUAUCCAGGCCAAGAACGGUCUCGAGUCCUACGCUUACUCCCUCAAGAACACCAUCAACGAGGGCAAGCUCACCAUCAGCGAUGAGGACAAGCAGAAGGUCACCUCCAAGGUUGACGAGGUCAUCAGCUGGCUCGACAGCAACCAGACCGCCGAGAAGGACGAGUACGAGGCUCAGCAGAAGGAGCUUGAGGGUGUUGCCAACCCCAUCAUCUCCGCUGCCUACGGUGGUGCCGCUGGUGCCGCCCCCGGCGGUGCUGCCCCCGGUGCUACCCGCACUGCUGACGAGGUCGAGGAGCGCCCUGAGGAGCUCGACUAA